CGCGUGUCAAUCGGAGGGGGCGGGACCCCAAGCUUUGGUUGAAACUCGCAUCGCGCGCAGAGCCGCGAAGGGCUCAGUCGGUCGGACGCGGCUGGCGAAAAUCGCAAUUGGAAAUUCAACUCGCUACGUCGUGCUCGAGGACCAGUGAGAGACGACGAUGUUCGACAUCCACGGCGACGGCCUCGUCGGCGUUAGGGUCAACACUAGCUCGAACAUUACCCUGCUCAUCAUCUCCACCUCCGCGCAGUCCAUCUCGGACGUCAACGCUUCGGCCGAGCGCGCGUUGCAGACCCUGUUGAAGCUCAAGGUCACGGACCCGGUGAUGGUGGUGGACCAGCAAGGGUUCCCUCAGACCUUCGUGCCUCAGGAAUAUCCCCUCGGGGUCGUGACUAACAUCGUCCGCGAUCUCGGAGGCAUACUGACGACGAAGCAGAAGGGUGACUCGGUGCUCGCGACCAUACCGGCCCGUACGAAUGGCGCCGGGCGCGGCCGUAGUCUCAAGAACGACAACGUGCCGCUGAGCAAUCUGCUGGAGGGGCUCGCCAAUGGGGGCGGGAAAAAUGGCAAGCCCGAGGUUGGCCUGUUCCAGGCCAAGCGUCGUAAGGAUCGCCUGAAGCCGUUCAAGUUCGGGCCGAGCGAGCUGGCGGAACUGGCCGUCGGGCUACGAGCUUACGUCACUGCCAAGCGCGAAACCAGCGCGCCCGUGACGAGCUGGAGCAACCUCCUGGCGCGCAAGUGGCCGCGCGAGUACGCUCUCGCCAAGCAGGCUGCCGGGUUCAAGUGCACGGCGCAAAAGGUGCGGGAGGCGAUCGACGCGAACCUGUUGAACAGGUACGGUUCCGUCUGGCAGUGGCGCGGGGGCUGGCCCGCGGAGGCUGAGAAGUACCCGGCCUGUUCCAUCUGAUGGACGAGGACAAAGAAAGACAAGGGGAACGCUCGAAUAUUACGAGCGUUCGGGCAGUUUACAGAUACUGUACCAACCUGCUGUAACAAAACAGGUACUACAUCAACAUCUCCCACGAUCGAACGCGCGGGGUCGAUGAAGCAGUUGAUGGCAAACCUGCUACACCAAAACCACCACUAGAAACACGAUGCGAGGCGGGUGAUGAGGAUCACCCUUGAAACAAGAAACAAUUUUUUCAUU